AAAUGUUCAACAAUUUUAUCUUAUUGCUGCUUGCUGUCAUUUCAGCUGAUCGUGUACAAUCAGCCUGUACAGAAAAAGGCUGGUUUGGCACAUCUUGUCAGUACAGGUGUCACUGCACUGAUGACAAGUGUCACACUACCACAGGUGAAUGUGUCAACGGUUCUAAAUGUGUGAGAGGCUGGUUCGGUCCAAGCUGCCAAUAUCAGGACCUUGUCACGGAGUACACAUUUAUCCCACAACCUGCUGUAAACAAACUAACAGACAGUGACGAUACCACAUGUGAUGACAAUGCCAAAUAUUCUAUAACACUUGCCUGGAAUAUACAUUACAGAAUUUCAUGGAUAAGGAUUGUAUACACUGCCUCAGAGCCUUUGAAAGCAAUUAACCUCACGCUAGGGAACGAUGUGUGUGACACCAUUGCAACCUCGGUUGUGGAUAAUACAACCACGGACACCUUUUGCUACAUGAAUGGAAUUUAUGGCUCUUUGACUUUAAUGUUGAGUCAAGCGGUAGUAUUGUGCUCAGUGUAUGUUAAUGGAGGGCGAAAUGUAGCAUUACGACAAACAGCAAGCCAGUCAAGUACCUAUGCAGUUAUCGGCAUAAACUAUGCCUAUGCUGGCAAUGCAGUAGACGGAGACCGAAGUAGUAACUUUGACGAUAGAUCAUGCACGCAUACUGAUGUCAAUCUCCCCAACCCUACAUGGAGUGUGACGUUUUCAUCUGUCAAUGUGGUGGACAGGUAUAUCCUUUACAACAGAGCUAAUUUCAGUGAGAGGCUUCGUGGAUUUAAGCUAGUUAGCUACUCUACCAAUCACUUGCCUGUGUUUAACUAUAACGAAGAGGGCAGAGAUUUACCUACUUACACCGUCACAUCUGAGGGGAAAGAAAUUAUGAGUGUUACCAUAACUGCUGUUAGAAUAUUGACGCUAUGUGAAGUAGAAAUAUACGGCGAUAGGAAAUGUGCCCCUGGCUAUUUUGGACUGGACUGUGAUAAAAUAUGCCAUUGCAAAAACACAUCUGAGACUUGCAUGUCUAUCACUGGUGGGUGUUUAUCUGGGUGUUUGUCUGGGUACUAUGGCCAGGGAUGUCAGAUGGAGUGUCCAGCAACAAAGUGGGGUGUUGACUGUCUCAAAGAUUGCAGUCCUCUUUGUCUCCACUCCAAAAUGUGUGAUCGGACGAAUGGUUCGUGUAAUGAUGGAUGUGUAGCUGGAUACUUUGGUUCAAUGUGUAAUCUUGAAUGCCAAGAAGGGUAUUGGGGAGAGAGUUGUGUCAACACGUGUAGUACACACUGUGCUAAUGCUAAGGCUUGCAACAGACGAAACGGAACAUGUGAAGCAGGCUGCAGCCCUGGUUACCUUGGUGACACGUGUAAUACAGAAUGUGACAAUUUGACCUUUGGCCUGAAUUGUCUGGAGAACUGUUCCAUCAACUGUGGUGGGGAUGGAAAAUGUGACAUUGUUAGCGGCUAUUGUUUGCAAGGAUGCAAGUCUAAAUAUGGCGGUCACGUGUGUGAUAAGCUAAAACAGGAAAGUGGAACAGAACCUCCUGUUGAGAUCAUCAUUCCAGUCGUUCUGGGAGCUAUCAUAGCGGUGUCGGUUAUUGGAGUUUUUGUAAUAUUUAAGAGGCGCAAGAAAUCUAACGAUACGUCAGUAGAAACACCGGGUAAAUUACAAGACUGUAAACAAUCUUUGGAGUCCUCAAAAUUGGAAGGUAAAAAAAUAAAUUACAAUCAUAAUCUAGAUAGUAUUUCAUAUAUUAUAACGAUGGAAUAUUUGUCUUUAUACAGCAAGUCAUACAUACGACUCACUAGAAAACGGAGUAAUGAUUGAAAAUUCGUAUUUGGUCGUCGAGUCCAUUGACGGAUCUAUCGCCGUCCAUCAGUUGAGUGACUUCAUGCACACACAUGACAGACGGUAUUUUGAUGAACAAUUCAAGAUUAUACCAGCACCUGAAAAUGUUUCUACAUCGAUUGGCCUCAGCCAAAAGAAUAGACACAAAAACAGAUACAAAAAUAUAUGCACUUAUGACCAUUCUAGAGUACAUCUAAACAUCAAUGAAGAAAAAAAUGAAGGCGACUAUAUUAACGCUUCCUACAUAGAGGGAUACAAAAAUGAGGAAAAAUUCAUUGCAUCUCAAGGUCCAAAUAAUAUUAUUAUCAACGACUUUGUACGAAUGUUGUGG